ACGGGUUUAGGGUUUUUACUUGUAUAGCGACGCAGUAGUAUACAAAAUAGCUUACAGAUCAUUUUAUUUGUAAGACGACCUAAUACAUAAACGGGUUUAGGGUUCCGGCUUGUGUUCAGGCCUGAGAGGCGUCCACACUGCUCCUUUCAUUCUAGUCGUAUAACACGCCCAACGAUUAAAUCCUAAAAGAGUUUAAAAAAUGCUAUCUAGCUUUUGAAUUUACUAUGCGUAUAGCUAUGUAAAACGUGAUUAGCUAGGUGGUUAAAUAGCUAUGAGGAACGACCGCUCCGGAUGUGUCUCCUAACGCUGAACCCUGUGCGACGUCGACGGAUGUGGACCGUGGAGAUUGAGGCGCGAAGUGUCUGUGAUGUAACGAAUUGGUAAUAGUUGUGCAAAGAAAAACUGCUGAGAAAUUGAGAUGUGUUGUGUGUGUGUAGCAACCAAUACAAAAACAAAGAUAUUUGCAGCAUAAGAAAUACAAAGUCACAAAGUAGGCUUCGAGAUCGAGAAACAAAACGAAUUUUAUCGACUUAGCUCCUUCGCGAAAGGUGGAAACUGUGUUCAACGCACUGGAAAUAAAGAAUACCAUUUGUGGGCUUGAUAAACGUCUUUUCCUUUUGAUUGUUGUUGGGCUGGAUCUGAAAAAUGCCGCGUUGAUGUUCGUCUUCAGAGUUUUCAUUUUCCUCGUCGUCUUGCACUGUUUCACUUUUCAAUCAAAGCAAAACCGUAGGGAAAUCUGAUAAUCUCUUUUUGCGUUCCAAUUGCGGAAUCCAAAAACUUCAAAAUGCCGCCGAAGAAGAUCAACAUUGGGACCGGCGCGGUUUGAUGAAUGACGCAAACCAGACAGCUGCCGGAUUUCUUAAAGUUUAAAAUUUUUUUUUCAAUGUUUGUUGAACACCAGAAGCAACCGAUCCUGCAUAGUCACGUCGCUGCUGUGUCGCAGCAGCUUGUGUUCUAGUUAGUUUAAGCACUUCCUUGGUGUGCAUCGCGGUGACAUGAAUAAAGCCACCCACGCACUUUACGGAAGGCGUUCUGUCUGUCCGCAACACGAACUCGCUUAGACGAUAGUCGGCGGCUCCUGUUCGGCUGCUUCUCCUGCCGUGUGUUCGCUGCUGGUUUGUGAAGCAUUAUUCAUAUGCAAACGACAUGCUUGUGAUCAUUAGCGCCAUACUGACACACUACAUGCAUAUCUGAGAAGUUAAAGGGCUAAAAGCUUCACAGUGCAGAUCCGGUGAGAUUUUACCUCCGCCUCAAUGUAGGAUCUAAAUGCGUAUUUAAAGUCUUUUUUUCACGAAGAUCAAAUUCUCAUGAGCUACUGCCUUCGAUCUUCCCAAGCAUGCAAACCACUGCACUGUGAAGCUUCAGCCCGAUAUGUCAGUGCUCGCAAGCAACAUGAGAGAUUUUUUUUUGAUAGAAGCGGUUCUUUAUCAAGUGCAAUGCAAAUGCAAUGCACGACCACCAUCCGUGGACCGCUGGGUUCUCCGCGCUUCCAUUUUUCCAUCCGGCGGCGUUUUCGCAUCUGUUCCUCUUUUUCCUUUCGUCCUUGUUCGCCGCCGGUCCGCUGCAUCCGCUGCUGCCAGGAUAUGCAGAACAAAAGCGCUAUGGCCAUCAUCAACUCGCAGUCGCGCGCGAUCAUGCUUCUGUGCAAAAAUGGCGAUCACGUGCUGCAUCGUCAAAACGAUUGUCGACUUGACGUCGUGUCGCAAAAAAAAGAUUGCAUUGAAUCCGGAACAUGCGAAGCGGGGUUUUUUUGAAAUCGAUGUGGUACAUACAAAACGCGACAUAGAUACAAGGCAAUCGCUUUUUUUGCCUGAGUUGAAGAAGUAUUCCACGAUGGGACUUUGGCAUGACCUUCACCACCGCUUAUUGAUUUGGCCAUAGCUCUUUUUUUUGGAUAUUCGCGGCGUCCCAUGCGAUUUCCAUCAGGUUUGAUCGAAUCAAACAACCGCUGUCCGCUCCUUCGACGCGCUGGCUCCAAUGCCCGUAGUCCAAAUUUCCGCUUCCGCCGCAGCUUCUCCUUUCUGCUUUCCGUGUCCACCGUCCGCUCCGUCACGCGCAGCUGCUCCUCUCGCCGGCGCAGCUGGUCGUCCACUCGUCCUCCGUCGCAGCUGCUCCUCCACCCGCACUCGCGGGAAAGCCCGCACUCGCAGUGCCACCCGCACUCGCAGCUGCUCCUCGAUUCGCGCCAGCAGCUGCUGCCGUAUCCACCUUCCACUGAGCAACGCAGCAGCUCCUCCACCCGUCCACGGCGUCACUCGCAGCUGCCGUGACCACCGUCAGCUGCGUCACGCGCAGUGGUGGCUCGUCCACCCAUCGCAGCUGGUGGUCCACCCGUUCUCCAUCGCAGCUGCCUUUCCACUCGCGCUCGCAGCUGCUCCUCCACCCGCACUCGCAGCUGCUCGUCCGUAUCUGCAGAGUCCACCGUCGGGUGCAUCGAUGGCACCCGGCAUCCACGCUGCCUCCACCCGGCAUUGGACGAUUGCGCGUUCACGGCAUCGGACGGCGGUAAGACGGCUUCAACCGUCCACGCUGCCUCCACCCGCACCCGCUCCCAAGUAGCAACUGCCGUCGAACCACAACUCCAAGUGGCCCAGAGCAGCAGUCGAACCGCGGCUCCAAGUAGCUGCCGCGCGAGACAGCGCAGCAGAAUCUCUCACGCAUUCACCACCUGCGGAAGAGGUGGUGUUGUAACUAGUAUGAACUUAAGCUAAUGCUUUCUCAUCAAGUGCGGUCUUUGUUAUGAAUCAAUAAACAUACUCACCGAGUAAUUCCCUCUUUCUCAUGUGUCGCUGGUGUUGUAAGUGAAGUAACAUUUUUCACAAUAUCAAUUGCCACAAACCGAAAGACAUAAUACGACACUCUUUUGCAUUUGUAAUCAAUAACAGCGCCGCGAUUGUUACAUUUGCAUUCUUCACAUGUGAGAAAGAGAAAGGUGAUCAAUUCGAUAUUGCAUUUGUGGAAAGAACAUCGAGGCUUGCAUUUUGAAAAAGCUGUUGCGGUGCACGUUCUUUUUUUAUUUUCACUUUUACUCUGUGGUCUCAAAAAGAAGGAUUUGUACAGGUCCUUUACUUUCAUCGACAAAUAAAUUGCUUGUUUUCGAAUAGUCGCAUAAUCUGGUGGGUUUCUCGAAACAGAAACUUUUGUAUAGACGGCUAACAGAUACACCCUCGCGUCUUUUGGGAAAACCCACGCAGAUUUAUUUUCUCGAAUGAUGCGACCUCGAAAUUAUGCUCCAGGUGCACUAUCUUUGCAUCGCUGCGCGGAGAACGCAAAUCCUAUUUGCCCUUUUACAGAGCAUACGUUCAAGAGAGAGUGCUUUUCUGCCAGCUCUCUACAUGAACAAAAAGUAAAAACUACUGUACAGCACUUACUUCGUGAUCACUAGACGUUACUAAUAAAACACUAAUAAAUGUAGCGCAAUAGCCUUCGCUUUUUUACAAAGCCGAUUAGUCAUCGGCCAACAGGUCAUCCUCCUCGUCUUCGAUGCCGUUGCUGGCCUCAUUGUUGUUCACAUUGUCGUUGUUGGCAUCCUCGAUCGGCUGCGGCGCGGCAUUCGCGGCGUCCAAGUCAUCGUCCAAGUCCAUAGACACCCUGCGCCUCUGCACGUACAUGUCCGGUCGCAUCUGCAGCGGCAUGGCCUGAUCCCCGUCGGCGGGAUUGCCAUUCGGCCAUUUCCUGGUAAUCUGGCGGUACAGACUGUUACGACCUUCCCCACACGCUAAUUCCCAGACUUCAUCCGAGUUUUCGAACGCCAAGCUGGCAGCAUCAAAGUCGCCUGAUAGUUGUUUUUGUGUAGUGAAGAACAUAUCUGCAUGUCUGUGAUGAAGUUUUCUUGCAUGAAGUGCAACUAGGCAUGAAGAUUCGCGUUUGGGUUUUUCAUACUGUUCUUUCUUCACUUCCUCUCCCUCUUCACAACUCUUUCUCGCAACCGAUCUAGAAAACAAAAAGCAAAAUCAUACUUCCGAUAAUCGCCGUGGUGAUCGCGGCCUGCGCCGGCAACAGGGUGUACACGCGGAACGCGGACAUCAUCUCCUGGAAGGCGAUCUCGACCUCGUUGUAGGACAAAAGCACUUUGUUCCGGCACACGGCGAUAUGGAAGUGAAAGCAUUGUUUCCAUCACACUACUUCGUCUCUUUGUCACGCUUUUUCACUUCAAGAUCAGCAUUGUUUCCAGCUAACAUUGAAUCAACAUGCGAGACUCGAACUUGUGCCAGUGUUGUUUUUACAUGACAUUGUUAUGCAUAGAACCGAAGACGAUAGCGUGAUGGAAACAUCGAAUUGCACUACAUAGUCCAAGUGGGCAGCGACCUGCCGGGCCUUCUGCUCGCCCGUCUCGAGGUUGAUCUGGUACUCGGAGUGGACGAUGUUGCAGGCGAGGAUCAACGGACGAAACUGGUUGCGGACGGACAAGUUGUUGUACUCGGCCAACGCAGCGUGGACCUCGUCGCGGAGGGCCACGUUGUGGCUCCCGCCGGCAUCCUGCGUCUGUUCGAACAUCAUCUUCAUCUUCGACAAAAUGCUCAGCAUCCGCUUCACGUCCAUGACAAUCCGUUCUUCAUCUAGCUUGAGGAUCAUGGAGCGCACCUCCCCGACCAGAUCGAUGGUGAUCCGGGCGGGUAACUUGGCAAAGGCCUCCAGGUCGUUCUCAUGGAUGGACUGACGCAGGCGAUCCAAGCUGGAGAUGCAGGGGUGCGGCAUGUCGUCCAGGGAUCCGACGGUGUCGAUCAAGUUCUGCAUGAAGUCGCGCAUGUCAUCACGACGCUGUAGUGAUGAUGGUAUUAAUUUAAUUUCAGACUUUUCUUUCCACUACAUGCUAUGCACAUCAAACCGAAGUAAACCGAAAGCCGAAAUAUGACGUUGUGCCACGUGAUGUUGUAUUUUUUACGUUAAUGUGUGAAACUGAACCGACUCAACACUGAUGUACAAAACAGAUACGUACCAGCUGAAACAGUGUCACUUCGACCAUCCCGUGGACCUUGUUGCACACCUUCCAGAUGAAGAGUUCACCGCACUCAUGGGCAUCCAGCAGCUUGAACACGUGCGCGCUGUCGAUCGACAUGAGCAUCGGGUCGUUCAUGUGGUUCACCACCUUGACCAAGCCCUCCUCCAACAUUUCCACCGUCGCAGCGGUAUUCACAAUCUGUACGUAAUUUCAAAUGCAAGUAGAGGGAUUUUCUUUCAUGAAAGCCUCAUUGUGUCAUGCGAAAGUGAUUGCUUAUGCAAGUUCAGAGCGGUGCUAUGUAUGACAUACCGUUUCGAGUUUCAUCCAAGAUUUAUGUUGGGGCGUUUCGGUCUGGUUGAGGGCGAUGACGUCACGCAUCUUCAAUUGGAGCUUCUGGACCUUCUUCUCGCGGCAGGCGCGGAUCACCAGCUUCAAGUUGGCCUUCAAGUCGGGCAUGUGCGUGGUAGGUCCGAUGAAGAAACGACCGCGGUUCUCGGCCCUGGUAUUAGUAUUUUUUUCAAUAUUACAUGAGUCCAAGAUAGAAAGCGCAAUAGUUGCGUCAUCGAUGAAAAACACAUGUAUCACUACUAGACUUGAUGCUCACACGAAGUACAAAAAUACCACUCUGCCACUCCCUGCAGCGUACGGAUCUUGGUGCUCACAUUGGACCUCGCCGCGUUCACGAUACCCUGGUCGAGACAAUCGAUGGCUCCGACUUCGCACCAGGCCAACCAGUUGUCGCUGCAGAAUUCAGCGCACCAAUCGAACACGUACAAGGCGGACAAGGCGGUGGACUCGUCGCUGAGACUCAACGCGCGGCUCGUCAGGUGUUCCUGAAAGAAGUUUUUAUGCAAUUUCAACAUGAUCUUGCUUUUCUGAUCACACAAAAUCCCUUUCUUGACGUGCUGCUAGGAAAUUGGCACAAAGUUCUUAUUUGUCAUGCAGUGUCGUAGGUACCUUGGCGACAAAGCCAGUUUUUUGAAUCUACACAAGACAAGAUGCAAGUGAACAUGUUGAAAUAUUUUAGUACCAGGAGCGCCUGCGCGGAUUCAUCAGCGGUGCCUCUCAAAACGGUCUUGUCGGAGUCGCGGAACGUCGCGCGGUUAUGGUGAUGCAAGGUGGGAAUUCCUGUUUUGUAUGUUGAGGCCUAGUUGUCAAGUGUUCCUGAGCUGCUUUGUCAUGCGUCGCGACAUCAAAAUAGUUGAUGCGCAGAUGAUUCAAGAUGACUCUUUCUAGAAUUGCAAGUUUGUCAUGCAGAACUAGACACAAAGUGCACGAAUACAUCACAGAAUUCCCACAAUUUACUAUCAUACAAAAUACGAUCAAAACGGGUCAGCAGCAAAACUUCACGAAUAAAUGUCGGCACCCGUUUGAUUGCUUUCGCAAUCAGUCGCUCAUGACUCAAAGGAAGUCUCUGAAUUUCUGCCUGGGACUUACGUCCCAGGGCCGCGAUUCUCGCGUUAAUUUUUGUACGCGUAUAAUUCUGAUCACGCACAAGUUGCUUCAAAGCUUCGAAAAUCGACGCCGAAUUCUGUGAUGUUUUUUUUUUUUGAAUUUGAAACUGAAGUAGCAUUGCAUCUGUUUCUCAUUUUGCAUGAUGAAGACAUUCAUUAUACCGGUUCAUCAGGAACUCUGGUUUUCAAAAGCAUCGCAUCUUUUCCAUCUAAGUAUCUAACAAAACGAAAGCCCAUCUUUACUGUCAUGCGCGUCGACUCUGCGACGGCCUGAGCCACCUGCUCAGUAUCAUGUCGUGUAAGGCGCGGUGGCAUGAGUGGCUCAGAUUCCUCAGAACUAGACUCACGAUCAAGAAUACUCUCUGCUGCUAAAGCCUCACCAGCCCACAGUGUAGCGUUCAGAAGUCCCAAAGUGUGAUAAGUGCUAGAGCGCUCUGAUGUAGGAGUACUGCGAAGGCUGGAUUGGCUGUUCAUAAUAAUCGGCUACGGUUUUUUAUUGAAAAGGACGUUCAAAGAAUUCAAAUCAGCAGCUACCUCGCUCUGAAAAAAAAGAGAAAGAAAGAACCGACUCUGUGUGUGCAGCGAUAUCAAUUCGCUGAGAAACAAAGAAGCACUUCUACUAUAUUUCAAAUCUGUAGUACGAAACUGGAUCUGUGAUCACUUUUCAGUCAUCAUGUGCGUAAAAUACACUUCAGGUGCUGAAACUUCUAUUCAUCAAGACCUUCGACGCGAACACGGUGCAGAAGAUGUGAAAACGAGCUCAAGCACGCUGGCAAAUAGGUACUACUACUUUCUUUUCUGGUUUUGUACUGUAAAUAUGACGCGCAACUGAUGCGAAGUAUGCAGCAAAGUUAUACACUGAAACUGUACAAGAUUUUCGCGUGCUUUUUUGUUACUUUUCCACUAUGUUUGCUAUGCUGUGUUCAUCUAUCCCUUUUCCAAGCUUCAACUCAAUGCUUUCCCAUGCCAUGCAAGAUGUGUUACUUUUCUUCAUGUAUUCUAUUACUAUUUCUUCACUUUCAUGUACUACAUCGCGUCGCUUUUAUACCUCUGUUAGUGGACGUCUACUACUGCGAAGCCUACUACUGUAAAGCGUGCUUCUACUAUUUGUUAUUCUAUCCUACAUUCUAUCAGGUACUAUUGGAGGAGUCGAUCGAGAAGGUGACGAAGAUCGUGCAGCCCACCAAGUAGACACCAUGGUCGUGCAGGUCGACGCGGACGUGGCCAUGGAGUUCAUCGCGGUCUUCGGUAUGCAUCUGCAGGAUCUCCUUGGCAAUACAAACUCAGGAACGCUGCAUUACAAAUCCAGAAGGUCGCCUUCUUGAAGUACAAAGCUGCCAGCAUGACAAGCUCAUGAACGCAUCAGAUCCAGGCUGCUCUACAUGGCGGAGGUCAUGCCAAGUCGAUCCUGGUCACCUUCUCGUCGAUUCCGGCUACAGAUGAUUGAAGUUGGGAACGUGAAAAUCUAGAUUUUACAAGAAGAAAGCUGUUCAUUUUAUUAAGAAUACUUCAACUAGAACGACUCGCGAAAACUUAAGAAGGAGAGCAAGACUUUGAGUAGAAUUAUUGAGGCAAUUAUUAUCUCACUAUUUUCAAAAACAUAUGUCCAUUAUUUUGUACGUUCCACGAUGCUACGAUCACGGUUAUAGAGGUCUCAUUAUUUUCUCGAAUGGACAAAAUAAUUUAUGUUUUUCUACAUAAGAUUUUCUUAAUAUUUUCUUAAUAUUUUGACUACCAAAUGAUCACGCUUUCUACAGAAGAGUCUUAAAAGAGAGAAAGUGAGUGCUUAUUUUCUGAAGCUGCCGGCUGCUGCUGGAGAACGAGUUGCGUUCCCCCCUGGUCCUUCCAAAUCGUUGUGUUCUUGUCGUCGAUCCGCCCGUUACGCGGUGCCCAUUUUCCGCAACAGGUUCUCUGCGGAUUCCGGCUCUGGUUCUUCCGCAAUAGCAGGCAGCUUUCCGCUCUUCUUCUUUCGCUUCUUCUUCUCCAGCAGCACGGGCAACUCAUCACCAUCCAACGCGUCCUCCGCUGCCGGAAAAUCGUGGUAAUGCGGCGCGACAAACGCAGGGUCCAAGCACUUCAAUUCACCGUCGCCGAUUGUCGCUUCAGCUUCGAUCUCCACCCACUUCUUCCCGUUCACGGUUACCACCUGCUUCGCGUACUCCAGAAUCUCGCUCAUCGCCUCGUCGUACUGCAGCUUCAGCGCAUCCACGUGGUGUUGGCCAGGAAAAGCGGUGGGAUCUUUGUUGUGGAGGACGGCUCGUGGUGCUAUGAAGCGCGCACGGCAACUCCACACGUUUAGCAUCAACUCGGUGAAGAAGUGGCCGCUGUGCUCGCCAUGCCGCAUGUACUUCACGGCGUUUUUCGUUGCCCCGGUCUUCAUAUUCAAGCACCGCGACGAAUAGCAGUCCGCGAUCUGCUUUUUCAUCGUUCCGUGGAUGCAUUCCACCUUGAAACGCAAGCUGUCCUUGGCUUUCCCGCGGUUGUCGGACUUGCUGGUAUUUUCGCUGACCUUGAAGCCGGAAAUUCGCAGCGGAUGCAUCCGGGAUGCGACGAUCUUCUUCUGCCAAGCGAACUCCUUGCACUCCCGUCCAUCGAUCUGCACAGUCGCCUUCUGCGACACUUGGGAAUCCAGAGACGUCUGCUGCGUUUGGGUAUCCUUCUGCUUGCUCUGCGAAGAGAGCUCCGGAAUAAGGUCGUCAGCAGCCAACGCGGCAUCUUCAUCCACUUCGCGGCGCAGCCGCACCACGACGCUCUGCUUCUCCUUCACCACGUAGAUUUUGUCCUGUACUUGCGGGUCAGCAGCUUAUCCACGCUGCAAACGUAACCAAGCACCCGGUCUGUUCGGAGAAACGUCACAUAUGCAUGUUUUUUGCAUGGCAAAGUGCUUGUAUUUCAGUCGCAGCUUCGGCUGCGGAGCAGUGCUUUUUUAUCCACAGCACCAACCGCAACACCAGUCGCUCGCUCUGGUCGUAUUUCUCCAGCAACCGACCACGAAGCUGCUUGGUUACGUUUCCACCGAUACAAUACGCAGUGCCACCGGCCGCAUCGUCCGCUGAACGUUAUCAUUGAGAGCGUAUCUCUCCAUCAAUGACAUCUGCUUGAUCGCGUCCUCGGAGAUGGUCUUGUCGGGUUGCGGCUUCACUUUCACCGUCUUAUCCAGGUUAAUCGUGACCUGCUCUCCGCGACACACGCACGGAAGCGUCAUCUUUGCGUCCGGUAGUAGCUUCAUCGUGAAGAAGCUGUGCGCCUCCCCAAGGUCGUAAUCCACGUCGCAGUCGGAGUAAACCAUCACGCAGGUUGGCGCGAAUUUCUCGUCAAAAACGCCCUGCACUUCGUCUUUUCCAGCAGGCAGCUUCUGCAGCUGUAUCGCCUUGAAAUGCGCCGGACCGCACAUGAUCUCCAGGAUCAUGAAGUCGUGCAGUUCGUUCGUCUCCUUGUGCCGCAGCUUCGUGAUCAAGACGUUUGUCAGCAGCUUUUUCAAGUCGGAAGCCAACUUUUCCACCGCGGCAGCAACCUUCAAAUCUCCGUCGAUGAUCUCCGCUUCUGGUUCCGGCUCCGGCAGGUUAUCUUCCAAGCUUUCGUCGUCCUGCAGGUGGUGCAGCUGCAAUUGCUCCACAUAUGAAGAAGGUAUCACAGAAAAAGCAUGCUUUUUCUUGCAAAAAAGAACUUGUCAUGCGCAAGUGUUGCAUUGCAAAUUGUGGGUCAAGCGAAACAAGCUCGCAUUCUUUUUGAAAAGCUAGUAGUUCUUCACUGUGAUACCAUUCUUCGUUUCUUUUGUAUCCGUGCUGCACUUCUCUUUCAGCGUCUUGUUCUUCGCCCGCACGUACUUAUCCAAUAUCGCCGCGACCAGUGGCACCUUCCGCGCUUUGACGCGUAUUUCCGGCGGAGAUUCGUUCUGCAGUGGCUGCAGGACCCGGGAGGUGGAGAUUGGCAACAGCUUCCGGUAAUCGUUCUUGUCAGUGACAAACUCACUACACACUGCGUCUUCCACCGCGAGGUAGUAACCACGCUCCGCCAGCGCCACCGGCUCCGCGCGAUCCGGCCACUCAUCCUCGCUUUCGCUUUCCGACUCGAACUUGGGUCCUGCUUUGACUUCUUUUUUGUUCUGCAGCUGCGCCAUCGCUUCGUACUUCGUCUGCUCCGCAGCACUGCCCCAACUGUUCAGCAGGUGCGUUGUCUUCAGCGAUCCAUGCUUUCCUUCCUGCUUUUCCACCGUCUUGUACUGGUGACUCCGUUUCAUGUCGAUUGCGCGCGGAACGUGGUAGGUGCGCUUCUUCGCCGCAGGUGCGCGGGCCUGCGUGUCAUCGUCUGCGGGUGUGGUGUCGAACCGCUUUGCUUCGUCCACAGCAGAAUCCCUGCAAUUCUGCCAGUCCGUCCUGUUGCAGGCCGUGUCGGCCCCUGGUGUGCUUUUCAAACCGUGGCGGACUUCCCGCGAUACCCGCUUGUACCGGCCGAUUUUCCUCUCCACGUUCUUCGUCAGCCGGUUCCGCCGGUACAAAUAGCAGCACGCCGAAUGCAGACGACUCUUCCGCUGCUUCGGCGGCUGCGCCUUGUACCACGCCGCGAGGCUUUCCAGUGCCAUCGUUCCCGGAUCCCCCUGCUCGUAGUUUCCGUCCUGCCAGUUUUCCAAUUCUUCGAUGCACUUGGAGCGGUCUUUGAACAUGUACUUGACGAGCCAGGAGUCGUGUUUGUUGGUUGAAAACUCGCGGUACCGCAUUGAUGUAAUCGAGAAGUACAAUCCCAACUGCGCCGCAACGCGGUGAAAGUCGAUCUGUAAAGAAUUUGUCAUGCAUUUGAUGAUGAUGUUGGAAAUUUGUCAUGCGAAAACAGGUUUGCAUUAGUCAAGCAAUCUUCAACGUCGAUACCAAGGCCUCCUGCGCUGCGGAAAAUUGCACGUCCGGCUGCCCGACCCGGCAAAACAAGAACUUCAUGUCAGACAAAACUGCCUCCCGGUUCCCGAGGUAUUUUACUGCGUCGUUUACCUCCUGCAAAAACGUCCGCCACAGUUUCUGCGAUUCGUCUCGGUCGCUCGACUUCAAAAGUUCGCGGCAGUAGUUGUCCGACGGGUUCAGGAUAAUCAUCGCCAUCCAGAUGCUAAUGUUGUAGAUGAACUGCAUAUCUGGGUCGUGUUUUCAGAUUUGGAAAUUUGUAAUGCAUUCUGGAAGCGACGACUCUGUAAUGCAUGUGGUUGCUUUAGCAUGACAUUUGCAUUGCAAAAUCUAGAACGAAGAGCCACGCGUGCUCUUUCUGCGUCAUAUCUUGAAUCACAACAAAAUAUCAAAAAAAAAAACUUGUGCUUCCGCUCAUGUUAAGCUGGAAUUCGUGGGACAAGUAUUGUUCAUCUCCGAGCUUUAUCGUCGACCCCAGCCCGAUGAGAAUCAGCGGCAAACAAAAUGCACACAUCGCCGCGUACUGUGCCAGUGCGAUGGACACAGUUAGCCAUCUGGUCCAGACGGGCAAUCUGGUUCCUUUGUACAAUUUAUGUACCGCCUGCGUAGCCUGUUCCCGUGCGGCGUGGGGCACCAUCAGGUUGGUGCGUUUUACGUUGCAUUUCAAGAAGAAUUCUUUCUUCUUGAUUGGAAUCGGGAUCCGGUUUACGAAGUCGACGAACUCCGGCUGCGGUGCUGGGUUGAAGGUUUCGCUAGACGCCUGCGAGAUGUGCACUUUCAUCUCUGCCAGCUUUGCAUGCGCCCGAUCCUGCAUCAGCUUGAUGCUCAUCCCCUGUAAGAAAUAAAUAAUAAAUUUAUUUUGCAUACUAUCCACAUCUUCACAGCAUCACCCUUUGCAUGACAAAAAUUCUCAUACCUGCAGAUACACCCUCCGUUGCCAUCGCGUUUUGUCGAGUCCACACAGUCCCAGAUACAGCUCGACACUGCUGCGGCCGGUGAUGGCGACUUGGUGCGCGAGGCACCGAGUCGGCCACAGGAUCACGUUGCUCCGCAGCCAGGAGUUGGACAGGAAUACGGCGCCCACAUAAAACAAACUGUUGAUUGUGGAUCCGCCACUAUCAGUCGAGGGACUAAAAAUUUUGACGGUCGCCGGGUGUAGAUUUUUAUACCACUCCUCCGGUCGGAUGUAGCUGAGCAGCUGCUCAGCCACCUCCCACGCUUCACUGAAGCCCCGAAAACAGGAUGCGUUCUUCUCGCCCAGCUUGGCACGGUCAAAAAAAAUAUCACAACCAAACUCGAUGCUUGAUGUGACUCGAAAGAUUAGUGCUUCUGCAUCACAAGUUCUGCAUUACAGAUCAGCUGCGAGGCAGCUGGUAUUUAUUAUCGUCAGGUGAUGUUGACUAUCAUCUGCGGACGUUUUGAGAUUUGUCAUGCAAAUAGAAUGAAAAUGAUCACACCAAUCAGCAUCGAGUUUUUUCAUUUGGAUACUUGCUGCUAUUCGGGUACAAUACUGCAUGUGCCGGAAUGCACACGGUGCCGAUACUGUCGUGCCCCCCGAUGAUGAAGUACACCGUGCAAAACAUGAACAUGAUGUGCGCAAAUAUUCGCAGCCUGCCCACUGUCGACCCGGACCAGAAUAGUUGUUGGGUCGUCGAUCCGUCCAUUUCGCAUUUUACAUCGACGACCUCGUACUUGAUGUCGUUGAAGUACGUCGAUGAUGUGCUUUUCGCGUUUCGGCACAGCAAACUACUCAACCUCCACGCGGCGCGAGCAGGCACUUCUCCUAACCCGUAGAAGAAGUCGAGCGCCGGAUUGUUUUCUCGCGGCACAGGAGGUGGAGCAGGUACUUCCUCUGCUACCACCAGGUCCGUCUCCGCAGGUUUCCGCUUAUUCUGCUUUUUCAUCUUGUAAAACCUGCGGGGAUACUACGACGCAGAUGUUAGAUCAACAAACCGCGGCGGUAUGUUGAUGUUACAACCAGGGGGGAAGCUGCUAGUAUUUUAGAAAAUAUUGUGCUUCGCAUCUUCUCCUGCGUUGCGUCUCGACUUCUUCUUCCAUUGUCCAUCCGCUCCUUCGCUCUUGUACUGCUUUAUCUGCUCGAAACCUACACGAAAAACACUCUCAUCUUCCCCGUUAGUAUUAUCGCACGAAGUGCGUUGAAAAACGUACUCAUUCCCUCGCAGAAGUGACUUUCCGCUCUUCUUCCUGCAAAUGCAACAAAUGCGAACGGUAGUACGCUUGUUUGAGCUAUAAACUAGUACAUAAGCAAAAACAAAAGCAAAAAAAAGCACCGACCUAAUGCUCGACCCUUUUCACUCGAUGCACACGCCCGUUCUUGCGACACGAAAACAGAAAAGUAAGAACACUUCGAUGGAAAAAACGCCUCAGAGUUUCAUCCGGAUUUUUGCUGUUUUCGGCAGCGGUCCCGAACUACUUCGAGUUCGCCUUCGCAUUCAUUAGAUUUCUCAUCCUUGGCGGUGCUUGUACAUCUAAGAUGAAUGCUUCCCAGGGUAGUCAGAUUGACGUUGCUAAACACUUACACUCGGGCAAAAACUUACAAUUCGACUUUGCAUUUUCUUUCUCAUCAGCUACUGUUGCACACGACCACGUGCAAAACACUCUUCUCAAGGCCUUCGCCCGCGUUUUGACUGCGAUAGAUGCGACACGAAGACAUUCGUCGUAGCGGCGGUCGUCCUGCUUUGGUUUUGUGAAAGAAGGAAAAAAGCAUCAGACUUAUAUUGUCAGUUCGUGGGUAUCCCACUUGCCUAGACGCUUGAUGCGUCCGAGCUUAGUAGGGAAGUCGUACGCUUUCUCAUCACGUGGUGCACUAAAAUUGCAUUACUUUUUUCGGAGGCAAGAUGGCAGUUUUCUAUUUGCAUUUGACCUAAACACUUUGCAACUACAGACCAAAAAGAAUAUACGAAGCAGCGCAGCUACUUCGUGUGUAGCUAGCUUUCAAUCAUUAGUAUCAUAUUUUUCGUCGAUAUGUUCCUCCGAUUCCGAUGACCAUACCUGCGUCUCCGUUAUGCAUCGCCGGCUCCGCAACGACUCCGAUGGCUGUUCCUGGAUGCAGUACGACGCGAUCGGGUGUAGUUCAAGACGAUCUUCUGGAAACGACGGCUUUCGGUGCGGCCGCUUUAUGCCCGUGGUUAAUCAUGAGACGACUAUCGAAAAGACUUAGACAACAUGCAAAAGCGCAUGACAACAACAUUUUUUUUGACAUGCGACCCAACUAUUGCGACCACGUGCUCCAAAAAGGUUGCGGAGCUGGCAGUACUAAUCACUUUGCUUUUUCUUGUUUAAAUAUAAUGUCGCAAUCGAGUCACGAGAUGCAUGGAGAACGCGAUGCACUUAGUGCCACCUGUUUCGCAUGCACGUCACCUCUUGGGUUGUCUAGUUUAGUUAUCGAUAGUUGUCUCCAUUUUUUUUUUGAUACAAUCCAAUCCGGGGCGCCCGGCUUGCACACUCGGUGGUCGCUGCUAGCGGUCCCCGAUGUCGGCGUUGAACACACACGAAGAAAACACGACGAUACGACCUCGAAAUAGCUAGGAGAUGCGCGGACGAACACAAGCAUCAUCAUCGGCAUAGCAUGGGGGAGAACACUAGCACGAAAAAGUGCGGACGGCCAUGCCGUCGCUGUCGAGUCCAUAUUGUGAUGCGGAUCGACAGAUUCUGCAUCACAAAUCCUAUCUAUUUUACUUCGAAAACGCAUUAUAAUACUUAACGACCGCGACUGCUGCAUUUGCGGAACACACUGACCACCAAAACCUUAACAGGGGCGGAAGCGACGACUUCGGAACACAAAAAGGAUGACUUUUUGUUUGAAAAUUUUCAAAAUUGUGAAAAUUUAGGUCCUUCCAAGGGAUCGAUCGACGACCAAACAGAGGCGGCCGUCGACGGAUCUUAAACUAAAGAAAUCCGGCAGAAAAUGGGACGAAAAUGAUCAUCCACCGCGCCGGUCCCAAUCAACAGCGUGAUGGAAAUCACCAAAGCGAAAGUUGGUGGCCCAUCUAAGGCCGAGAAGGAGCUCGUCCGCGCCGCCCUGGAUGAGAUGGAUGAGGCCGACCUGGCGGAUGAAGAAGGAUUCGUCUUGCUCUCGGAAUUAGGCAAACAGGCCUUCCCCGGGACCAUCGCCCGUAUAUCUUGUUUGUUUAUCUGUGAUGCUAUAUUCAUGAUUUUUUGAUGAUGAUUCAUAGUAAUAGUUUGAUACUGUGCGCGCACGUGUUGCUUCAGCUUGAGCAUACAGACUGCGAGUAAAAAGCUCGUUUGUGAUGCAUGAAAACAGAAGCAGUCUACGCUGCUUUUCUAUGUUGAUAUAGAUAAGGAGAGCAUUGAAGUGCCGCAGCAUCUUCAUCGUCAUGCUAUCGCGAUACUGUAUGCUCUAUGACGAAGCAAUAAACACGUGCGCAGAUACAUCUUCCAGCUCAUCAUCACACGCAAACGAAUCGUCAUCAUCUUCAUCGUCCAGGCUACUCCGACAUCCCCAUCGAGAUGGCCCAAGUGAUUUUGUCGACUCUGUGCCGGAAGAACGUGCUGUGGGUCGCGCGGUGCGUGUACACCACCAACCAGCUCCACUUCGUGUUGACCAAGAUGCGGAUCCCGGUCGCGUUGGUAGCUGAUUUUUGUAUUUAGUUACGGUGUAUGUGUUUUCAGCAUGCAACUCAUCUUGCGAUUAGGUCCUAGCAAAACAGAUGAUUAGAGAUUCCACAAAUGCGCAUGCUCGUCACAUCCACUUUUGCAUCUUCGUCAUAAUUAUUGCGUCAAAAAUAAUACCAGAUCAUCGCCAAGGACAGCAAGUGCAAGCUCCGCAACUUGCAGCAGACCACCCGGAACCUGACGCACGCGGGUUCGCACAGCACCUGGUCCAUCGUGGUGGAGCAUUGCCCGGAACCCUCGAAGUGCAUGUUGACGGACGUGGCGAAGAGCGUGUCGCAGGCGGAGCGCCAGGGCAUGCCGACCCCGGGCAUGUUCAACCCGUUUGGGAUGACGCCGCAGUUCUCGCAGUUUGGAGUGACCCCCUCUGGCAUGAUGGGUAUGACCCCGCACCCGCACGGCUUCGGCCCGAUGAACAUGCCCUCCAAUGGUGGCGGUUUUGGGUCCUUCCAGAUGACCCCCGGCCCGAGCGGAGCGGUAUAAUGAUUUAGCACCUGUUAUUAGAUUUUUUUGAACAUGCAUAUUUGUACGAGUGCGAAGAUCUCGUGCGAGAAAUUCUUUUGGAGCAAACAACUAUCAUCUCAUCACAGGUGAUGUUCGGGAACCCCAUGGCGAUGCAGUCGAUGAUGCCGCCGGCGAUGCCGAACCAGGCCAACGCCGGUUCGUCCACCACCAACGUCACCAACAUCGGAGUCAACGCGUCCGCCAUGCGUGAUUUCCACAAGAAGAACAUCACGACCCCCGGUGGUCCGUGCUUGCCCACGGUGUUGGAGUUCCAGGACCCCGUGGACCCCGAGAAGAAGCACUCCUUGUCCAUCCGCGACACGGACAAGAAGAAGUCCGGCAAGACCCCCGAGGAGAAGUGCAGCGACAUGGUGUCCUCUGUGUUCAAGGACGAUUUGGGCUCCUUUUUUGCCGGGAGCCUGUGGGAAGAGGACAAGCGCGUCUUGGACGAGAUCAAAGCUGAGAACGACCGCUUGGACGCGGAACUGGAGAAGCAAAAGGUCGCCGAAGAAAAAGAAAAGGCGAAGAAGGAGAAAGCCGCCGCCAAGAAGGCGAAGGACGCCUCCAAAACAGCCGCUGACAAGAAAAACAAGCGUAAGUCUGGUUCCUCGUCCGGCAAGGCCCCGGUCAUGAAAAAGAUGUCCAAGGCGAAGCCGACCCCGAAGAAGAAGAAGUGAAGAGAGCCGCCAUGUCGUGUUUGUUGAAAAAAAUCGAGAAUUCAGAUAUGUUUCAGUGGUUCUACCUGAUUGCGCGACAUGUAAACCCGCAGUGUGCCGUCGUGAGUAAUGUUGUACUGCAUGGCGUGACGCAUGAUCCCGUUUGUAUUAGAAAAAAGGACGCCUCAUAGCGUCGAGGGUGACAUUACCCACCACGGUACUACUGCUGGUUUACACGUCAUAACACCACUAGUGUAUUGUGUAUCAUUUAUAGGUAGUUCCACUUAUGAUGAAGUUUCACAAAAUAAAAAAUAUAUUAGAAAUUUGAAUUAAAAGUAAUUCCAUAUUUUGCGCUGUCUUUGUCGGUUGCCGACAGGGCAGCACGUAUACUACUUACUGCACAGAAAUGAAAGUAGAUGCUAUUGAUUAAUCGACUUCGGCCUUGUAAUAAGUCAAUACCUUCUGCAGCCUCACCGUGAAUUUAGCAGCUGGUAGGUCGCGCCAGCUGCCGCACUUCUAGGCGAUCAACUAUGUUUUCGUGAAGCGGGGAAAAUACUGCUGCAGAAAUUCGCACUGGACAAUCCGCACAAUAGCUUCACACCGAAGCCUGAGAUGAUUGACAGUUGAGAUUCUGAAUCAUGUGAUGAGAAAAAAUAAAAAAGCAAGUCUGUUGCUCGUGCCACUAAAUCUGUUGUUGAGGAGGUGUUCGCAGUUGUGUUUGCUGCUGAUUUUCGGUUGAUGAGAUGCACGGUAGUUGAGAUGUAGAAGUGGAAGAAGAGACGCGCGUUGAUCGUCGCAAAUGUCGUCUCGUUUCGUACAUGGUGCCAGGUCCCCGCGCUACCCUGAGUCUUUGUGUUUUGUAUAGACGACUACUGUAAUACGACAAUUAUGGAGUGACGCAGUUCAAUAAUAUGAAUCCACCCGCGGCUCCGCCCGUGUACCGCGCGGCAGGAGCGUUUGAGAGACGUCCGGAGGACAUACCGAUGCAGAUACCUGCUGCGCAUCUUCCCAAUAUUCCUGCCGUCCUCAAACCCGCGGCUACAUUGUACACGGAAACUCCGAUCCAGGGCGAGGAGUUUGGCAUACCAAUGCAAAAAAUCACACAUCCGCUCACGUGUAGACAUUUCGUUUUGUAUCAUGAAGAAAAAACAACAUCUAUCUCGCGUUCCGCAUGAUAGUUUGCGCGCAAAACUCCUAAAGACAUAUUCUUGCGGCUCUGCCACCUUUCCUUGGGCCGCGCGAAUGCAAGAAUUCAUGCGCGCUACCACAUACACUAACAAUCUGAGAAGCUGAUGCUGUUUGCCCAUCUACACGUGAAGGAUGUGUGAGGUUUUGCGUUUGAUAUGUGUCUGACGAAGACUACGAAUACGACAGCGAGGAGGAGCCGUGGACGGAAGAUUUACCAGCCGGCAAAAUCAAAUCCAGUCGCGCAACCCGAUGGGACAAGCCGUUUCGGUCCGAGCACAGUGGCCGCCCCGUCUACAAACUCAAGAGCAUGGGUAUGAGAGUGAAGAUGUGGAUUGCUUGCGUUUACGGCUACAAGGAUACAAAACGCAUAUAUAUAUAUAUAUAGCGCAUUUGAAUUUGUAACGCAGGACUGCAUGAGAUCAGCUGCAGAUAAGCAGUAGUCGUGCUUGGUUGUGGUCUACAUCUUCGCCAAGUCAUACAGCCACCCACGCCGGCCUCGUAUUUCGAUUGGUUGAAACGCAUCGUGCCGAAGGACUUGUCCGAAAAGUGUGGGAUCACUUGGGAACCGUCCCCCGAAGGCGAUGAGUGGGAUGUGGUAUCGUGAAUUUUGUGAUGCGCGAUUCACACGCAGAAAUGACAUUUGUGAUGCAAAAAAAUAUACUUGGACAUCAUAUCUCCACAUGCCUCCUCAGGUAAUGUGCUAUCUCUGGUGGCGGGUGACCCAGAGCGCGAAUAUGGUGCUCGCUAAAUUCGGAACCUGCGCACUUCGAGACGAAUUGUACAGCCUCAACCCGAACAACUUGUUUCUCUGCACGGAAGCCAUCCGGAAGAAGUCGGAGGAGAUGCUGGGACGGCAGGGUGCGGACGAUGCCAGAUUGCGAAGCCAGGCACUUAUGCAUAGUUUUAACAUUGACCAUGCCGUCGCGAGUAAGGUUAUACUGCAUGGGUGUACGGGAACAAAAAAAGCACAAGUAGUACCAUCGUGAGUAAUGUUUUGCUGCAUGGCAUGCUUACGAGAAAGUACAUGGGUCGCAGUGCCGUCGUGUGUAACUUUAUCCACGAGGAGAGCAUAAGCAUCAAAGCUCCAGGCUUUCGCACUGCGGAGAUACCAGGAAUUCGUCAUCAUGAGCCGCGCGUUUGCUUGUGAUGCCGAUAGGGAUAAAGAAUGCUCCUUGCUUGCCGGGAUUUGGCCGGAGUUGUCCUUCGGCAGCUUGGACUCGGCGGCUUGCCAGAUCGCGGACUCGAGUACCGUGAGGAAAAACGGGGCGUGGGGCUCUCACGUAUAGCACUUGCUGCCGUCGUGAAUAAUGUCUUGCACGAUGGUACUGAUUUAGAUGAACUUGUCAUGCAUUUUGAGUCCAUAGCCACGUCGUGCAUAAAGUUACGCUGCAUGCUACUACAAUGCAACUACUCUCCCAAUACAAACACCAGUUCACCUACAGCGAUUACGUCGACCCGAAAACAAUGGAAAACCACUUGCCGCCGAGUCACCCGAUCUCUGAGGAGUUGCAGUUGCAGCCGAACCCGUUUCAGGUUGGUGGGCUAUCCCGGCUCACCAGCCGAGUCCCCGGCACGAAGUCGCAGUACGUCGGGAUGUUGAGCCUCUCGAUGUGGAUGAACUGCUUCGGCGAAGCGGUGAUCAAGGAGCGAUUCUGCGACAAGGGAAAACCGUGGCGCGAGAUGAACUUGGACUACCUCCGGCGCACAAAGUCCGACGGUAUCCGGUCGCUCAUGGAGUUUUGCAUCAAGUCGGAUCAAGGGUCAUCCGAAUUGCGGUACAGCCAAAGCCAGAUUUUGUUUCUCCCCGGCGCCUACUUCGACGGCGAUCUGCAUCGCGGUAGUAAUGACGUCAAGGAUUGUUGUCCGGAAUUGAAAACCGCGAGGGACCUCUGGGACACCUGGGCGACCGGGCCGUGCAGGACUGCGCAGAACCAGGCGGAGUUUCUGUUCGCGAAAGAAGAACUGAAGGAAAAAGUCAACAAAGAUCCCGAAGCGUCUGCUGGUAGGAAAAAGUGGCGGAGUCAGCUGCUGAAGGAGCAGAACUGCGUCAAAAUGGAGGACGCCUUGGCGAAAAGUAUAUUCUGUGUUGUUUGGCGAUUUGUGAUGCAAAGUCUCAGUGUAACUUUUCAAUGAAAUAGCCGGCGGUUACCCUCCGGUAUAGGGGGGGGGUCAAGUGACCCCCUCCAGAUCGAUCAUACCAUGCAGGAUAGCUUCAAGUAGUGUGUUUAUAGACAGGGGGUUAUAGGGGGGGGUCUGGCCCCCCUCUGAGAGGGUGUCCAGAUGAGUCAUUUUUGCAUGACAAAUAACAAGCAACUCCAACCUGCAAACAACACAGAAUUCAACUUCUUUCACGCGUCGCAGUCCCGAUUCCAUGGCGAUUCGGAGUGGCGGAGCAUGAUCCAGAAGUGCUACUACCUCGUGCUGUGCACGCUCUCCGCGAUCAUCGAUAAGCAGAAGAUCCACGGCCGCACUAUGAAACUGAUAAUAGCCCGGCUUCGAGAAGUUUUGAUGUAGUGCAUUUCGUGCUUGAUGAGCAUAGUAUUUGCAUUACAAAUUCUACAACGAAACUCUUCGAAAUCGGGCUCAUUUUCAAAGGAUAUUUGAAUUCAUCAAAAGCGACGAAAUCGAGAAGAUUAUGGAGGAAAACGGCUCCGAGUUGCUGCAGGCGAGGGAUUUGUCGAAGGAGGAGCUGAAACUCAAGCCGAAGUGGCUGGGCUACCACACCGAGCUCUACAAAGAGCUGACGGAUUUCCACUACAAGUUGUUCAAGGUGCAGGAGCGGGUUGUUGCCGGGCACUACUUCCAUCAUCUGUUGCUCCUCCACUUGGAAAAAAGUGGCCGCUUCCGCGCCAACGUCGACUCGUCGACGCUGCUGAACUGCUACCAGCGGUACGUGGAUCCGACUGCAGUGCGGGGUCAAGUGCUGGCCACCACAGCAAUCCAGGAGGCGCGGUCGAAAAACCGCAAUAGAACCUGGCGGAAUCUGACGUCGGAUUUCUGCAAGGCCAGCAAUGUCACUACGGACCACGAAGGCCCAUCUUUCCGCUGCUUGCAGAAGUGCGUCAACGUGUGGUGGUAUCAGACGGGCGACCCGCAGUACGGCCUGUUCGAAUCGUACGCGAGCGGCAGCUUGAACCUGACCAAGGACAUGAUGGAGAAUUUGGGCGAUUACUACGUGUGCGAUUUGUCGGUCAGUGCGAAGUACAACAUCAAGGCCAUCGUGGAUCUGCCACCGGAGGAAGCCAAGCAGCUGAUCGGGGAAUGGGCCGGUCGCAUCAUCCGCUGUAUCCCGCUGACCGAAUACAUAUGAUUUUGCAAAUCUGUCAUGCUAAAUGCGUGCUAUUGCGCAGGGGAUGAGAUCAGCUGCUAGGGCAAGCCGCCUCCUGUUUGCAUAUGGAAAUCAUGCUGAAACUAUUAGCAUCACGCGACGAUAUAGAAGCCUGGCUUCGCAGUAUUUGCAUGACAAACUCGCCAGUGAAAAACUUGUGAUGCAAAACGCCGAUCAGGAAGUUCUUCUCUUUUGUCGCAAUAGCAUGCAAGUAUCAUGAUGGGAGUUUGCUUUUCAUAGCGUAUCCAGGAAAACCAGUUUCGGGAGCAAAAAUUAACCCAGGGCCAACGACAGCGGGCGGGCCGGCACUUGAUCUCCAAGCAGAUCGACAAAGUCCGGCACUCCAACGAUCAGCCCCGCAUGUAUCCGCCAAACCGGGUGAAGAAUUGCAAGGACUUGCACAUUCUGACGCCGCGCGAAUUCAGUGAAAUCCUGAAGCUGAUUGUCCGCCGCAAAAAACCCGUGCCCCUCCCGCAGGACUUGAAGAUGUUGCUGUUCUCCAACCACGAAAAGCGGGCGCGUGGAAAAGAUCGCGGUCCGGAAAUCACGAAGGCCUUCCAGGGGUUGAAGUUCAUGGCGCAGAUGGCUUGGCAGAACUACAACAAAUUGCCGCAGGAAGUGAAGACCAUUUUGGACCACGCCCUCAGUCAGGAGUUCGCUUCUACUCCGGCAAACAGGCUGGGGCUCCGGGGCGUGCAGGCGGUGUCCAUCAUGAACACGAAAACCAAGUCGAAGACGCAGAUUAAGGCGAAGGCGGUUUUGGGAGCUCGAUUCGCUGACGACCGCGCCUGGGAUCUGCAGCUUGCCAACGCCGAGAGUCUGUGGCUCGUCGGCUGCCCCAAAGAUGAAGAUGAGAAAACCGCAGAUCGCGUCCGCAUCACGGCGCACGAUAACGGGUGGGCGCAGGGAUUGUACUUGGUGCGGGUCGGUCCGAAGAUUUUCCGCAUGCCUACUUCCGACGAGGAAGUGCGGAAGUACGGCGGCAUGGUCACGGAUCUGAAGAUUUACGAGGGCACCGCGAAGCGCAAGUCCACCAAUACAUCUGCUGCCCCGUAUUUCCACCUCAGUGGCCAGCUGUGGGCGCAUCCCAACGACUGGAUGCCCAUCAUGUGCCCGUCUAUUCCGGAUGAAUUGCAGCUGGCGCUGUUGCAGCCCAUCCAGAAGUCGUUCCCCCAGAUCACGGGCGAGCACCUGCAGCUGCUGGACGAGUACAACAAGGCUUCUCUUUUCGAAAUGAUUGAAAGCGAUAUCAUACUAAAAACCUUUCGCUCUGGAUAAGUUUCUCUGUGUUUUAUCUUUUCGCCAUCAUCUAAUCUGUCAUGCGAAUGUUUUCAAUACAAAAGCAAACAUAUUUGAGUGCGUAAAUCAAUCCAGGGUGAAUGAUUUUUAGCUUUGAUAUCGGGAGUGAAAUUCGAUGAGGAAUUUGCAGCGCGGAUCAUCCUCAUCACCACCGAAGAACAAGAGGAAGAAAUGCCGACUGCCAGUUUGCUCGCUCCAAAGCCGAAGAAGAAAGCGGCCGGGAAGAAGGUUCUGUUUCAGCAGGAAGUCCUCGGUCGGCCGUUCGGCCGCAGCUCUCCCAUGAAGGACGGAAUCACCCGCCACGCCGCCAUCUACCGGCACAGUGUUGUUUCGACCAUCCACGAGCCGGAGAAGGAGUAUUGCGCCAUCGCCUCCCACCGCGUCGAUGGCGGUGAAAAAGAGGACAGAAUCAGGAUCCGGUGGAGUAACAAUUACGUGCCUACGUUUGUGAAAUAUGCGCCGUCGACGAAAGCAACCGGCGAUGUGCAGACCAAUGUAGUCACGGAGUUACUUCCUUUCGUGAUCUGCGAGUUUUCGCUGCAGCGCGACCAAUUCGAAUUGCGCCGCAUUGAUGAAGGAGCGGGUAUUCUCCUGAACUGCGCCAUCCCGAUUCUCGACUCCGCCUUCACCACGGCCGAAAACACUGAUAAGAUGCGAGCGGCUAUUGCUGCCAAAAAGGCGGAGAUCGAAAAGGAGCAGCAGGAACUGGAGGCGCAGCUCUUGGAGGAAGAGAAACCGAUGGACAUCCUCGAUGAGCUGCCGGGUGAUGAAGGGUUUCUCGAAGCCUAUGGCGCGCGGAACAAGAACCAGUCAAGCACAACCAACAAGCGACCGCAGUCCCUCCUUGAGCAAACUUCUUCCAAUGGUAACAAAGCAGCCGGUAGCUCGUCUUCUUCUUCCAAGCUACAGAAAAGGUGAUGAUUUGAACCUGACCAAAGUUGUGCUGUCAAUAUUUCGUUUAAUUAAUAUUAGAAAGUGCGCGGGGACUUGAGUCGUGAAACAAUAUUUUUAUUACACAGACUGCGGAAGUCUUACAGGUUCGAUUUUAUAAAAUCAAAAUAUAAUACUACAUCAGUUUAUUACUGUUGAUGCUUUUCCAGCAACACAGAAUCCAAAAGCUGCUUGUUGUAGCAGCAACAAGCAUUGAAAAAUAUAUACAACCAAAGAUGUUGAAUUUAGAAAAUACCCGUAGGAUUAGCUGCAGCGAGAUGACGGCUUCUCCGCUGCAUAUUUUUAGGAAACUACCUCGACUGCACACGUAUAAAUGAUAAUAUGAAAUCUUCUCAGGUCAAUUUGAAAGAGCUCUAUUUGUUUCAUGAAAGCCCAACUACCGAUAAGAAAAAAGCAGCAAAAAAUCAAAAAAAUUAAACACAGCGCUUGAGCUCCAUUUUCAAUGCAUUUUUGUGCCAACAAAUCCGAAAAUCAAAAAUGACAAAGCUGCAACGUGGAGAGCCGGCGCGUGUUGUUCGGUGUGGUUUUCUAGAAGAUGGAAAAGUCGUCGCUUGUCUCCGUGAAAAUUUAUUGUGGUUGUUGUGUCGACGAAGAAGAGGAUGAUUGUGAUUCCUGGUUUUUGUCGUGUUGAAGGAUCUGCUGCAGCCUGGUAGAAAAAGUACUUUCCAGAUCCGCGCGCACGUAGAAUUGUUCCAGUCGUCCAUUUGGUCGCGGGCGCUUCACCCCGGGCGCAUGAGGGAAGAUGUCGAGGGUCUUCUUGCCGUUGCUGUUUGUCAUGCACUAAUUCGCAUUCAUGGUUCUUAGUGGCACAAGCACUACGUAAAGCAUAAACCUAACAUCACAAACAAGAUGGCGCGGAGCUACUUCGUCUUACCUGCUGUCGCUGGCCACAAUGCCUGCUUCUUGCAGGACCUGCCGUGGCACCAAAGCGCUGCCAUGCAAUUCCCCGAAUGAGCCCGCACCAAGAUGGCGCCUGCUGUGCAGCAGCAAAUAGUCGAAGUCAUUCUCCCCGUAUGCUCGUCCGGAAGACCUGGUUAUUGAACGAGAGUCAUUUGAUGUGCUUUGGCUUAUUGGCAGGUGUCGCGCUUGCACGCCAGCGGAGAAUAUACGGAGAGAACAAACGUCGUGCCUUUUCAUCGAGCAUCGAAGGCUCAGCGUUGUCCCCUUCUCCCGGCGCGGAUACAAAGCCUUCUCCUGCACGCGAAGUUUUUGAGUAGGAUUGCCGCGCACGGAAAGAAGUCCGUCGACCUGCAUGAACUCGUCGAUGGGAGGCUCGUAGACCAGGUCGGUGUCGUGGAUUUUGGUCAGGAAAAGCUCGCGUGCAUUUUUCUCCACCAGCGUCUCCUGGCUAUAGGCCUGGAGAAUAGCCAUCGGAUUCAGAUGCCGAAUGGCCGCGUGUCCGCGCCAGAUUUGUUGCAAUUUCGGCUUCAGGUUUUCCACCGUAACGCACCCGCUGGCGAUAUCGAAUUUUUCGUAGUUUUUGACCCGGUGGACCGGCUCAAUGAAGAAGCGGGAUGUGUCACCAACUGCCAGGCCCAAUAUGAAAAACACAAUUGGCAACACUAGUGCCCAGCAUCACAAUACGCAUGACAAAUAGGCACUGUUUCUUGACAUAUGUAGGCCCAUGUAUGAGUGAUCGCGUCGCACAUGCAAACGAAAAUAAAAAAGCUAGCCACUAGUGCUGCCACUUGUGUUGGCAUAUCUACCAGGAUCGUUCCGUGCAACCGGUCCCGCUCGUUGUUGAGGAUAAAGCGCAACCGGCGAUCGAAGUCAUCGCUCCAGUUAAGAGUAGACUUCAGUUGUACUCCAUUCCAAUGGUCAUCCUGCGCGUCUUCCAAUGCUGCUGGACACAAUCGAGCGAACAUAUCUGAAGUGGUUUCGAAGAUAAGUUUAAUUUGGAAGGAAUCGGAGAUGAGAUUAACAAAUUCCCGCCGAGCCUUGCGCUCGAUCUCCAUCGGUUUCGUUCCCAUUUUUGUUCGUGCCAAAAAUCGAUCGUAAGCAGAGUUGAUUUAGAGAAGAUAUCGCGAGCAAAAAUAAUCAACACGUCACAGCUACGGGGCUAACGAACCAAUCAAAAGCACUGGGCAGAAAAUUCAAAACAAAUGCCUUCAUCAAAAUCCCAACAGUUCCCCCCGAUUUCUGUGCUGUCUUCCCUCAAUCCGAUGAACUGCUUAUUUUUGUCCACCGCCAGGCGCAUUACUCUUGAGACCGAUGCACUGCAACAGGACUGCGCACUGCUUUUUUAUCUGCUAGUAGGAGGAGGCGUUUUUCGAAGAUAGAGCAUCCAAAUCAUUUGAAAACCCAAAUAAUGGCCAUCGACGCAGUCCCGUGCGGUUUCACGCCCGUCGUUACGAGACACAUCCGGAGCGGUCGUUCCUCAUAGCUAUUUAACCACCUAGCUAAUCACGUUUUACAUAGCUAUACGCAUAGUAAAUUCAAAAGCUAGAUAGCAUUUUUUAAACUCUUUUAGGAUUUAAUCGUUGGGCGUGUUAUAAGUCGUGUGCCAGGUUGCGAACAGAUGUAAGCCCGCUCCUGUCUAUCGAGGAACUGAGUAAGAGGCAACGCCAGUCACCACCUAUACCCGUGCCUCCUCCUAGUCGUGUGCCAGGCUGCGAACAGAUGUAAGCCCGCUCCUGUCUAUCGAGGGACUGAGUAAGAGGCAACGCCAAUCGCCCCUACAUUCCGUGCCGGGAUGGAUGCAUGCAAAAAAAUGAAUACAUGAUCGCGUAACAAACAGGUUUAGGGUUUUUAUUUGUAUAGCGACGCGGUAGUAAAAAAGUUGUUUACAGAUCGUUUUUAUAAGGAAGCCAAUACAUAAACGGGUUUAGGGUUCCGGCUUGUGUUCAGGCCUGAGAGGCGACCACAGACACUGCCCUCUCCUAGUCGUGUGCCAGCUCGUGAACAGAUGCAAGCCCACGUCUGUCUAUCGAGGGUUGGGGUAAGAGGCAACGCCAAUCACCACUAUACUCCAUGUCCAUGUAAAGCACUAAAUGUCGCUGUCGCAAACCUUGCCGCAUUGUGUUUGUGUGACUGAAGAGGAAAGAAACCGCACGAGUACGCUUUGGGAGGUGGUCCCGCAGCUCACUUUUAAUUUGUAGUUGUAGUUGCGUCCGCUCCGCGACCGCCUCGUUUAAUUUGCCCGAGUUGUUGAUGAGGUAGAGCAAGAUGCGUCCAGCAUGUCCGUGACGACCAUGUAUCUGAGCAAGUAGUGGUAGGUCUUGGUGCUCGCAAACGCAGUAGGGGCUAUGGUAAAAACCGCGUAGUGGGUGUCCUUUUGUAUCCCAAAGGGGCUGGACAGACACAACGGGUCGUGCGACGGUGGCAGAUCAUUUGUGCAAAUAUGGGGCAGAGCGCUUCGACUUCGAGCCUAGCAGUUGGUGGACGCGGUGCGUGGUCUCCGGAGCGUGACCAACACGAAGAGGAAACAUAUCCACAAGAUUCCCUCCCUCCAAGUUCUUUCGCUUCGUUGGUCCGCCGCAGUUUCAGCUUUUCCCGGCUUAACAGUGACUGCGACGUCAAUCUCGAUCAUGCUGCAGCAGACGGGACAACCACGCACAUGGAUCAGCAACCGGGUCAGUCGUUUGCGCACGAUGUAGUUGCGAGUCUGGGACCACGGGCACCUCCAACAGCAAGUGACUUCGACCGUCUGAACCUCGCAAAUGUCAAUACCUGCAGUCGUGGGAGUCGCACAAGCCUUGCGGAGCUGUUCGACAAUCUGUCGCCACUGUUGGAGGAAGCGGACGGCGGCUGUGCAGCUGACGCACAAUCCCAUUCCGCAGCUGGUAUUGAUAAAAACCUAAACCAGAUGAAGACGAGCCACAGCCACUCCGAAGGAAGAGCGUCUUUGUCUGCAAAAGGUGACCACUUCGAGAAUGAAGAUUACUCCACGGACGAUAACUUGGAAGACGAAGAUGUCGACGAGGCCCUGCGCACCCCUAAAAGCUCAACAGACGCCAGCUGUGGCGGCGUCGAGCCGGGCACAAAUGUCGGGCAAGAACAACAACAACAUCAUGAUCGCCACACUUUUGAAGACCUAGGAGGCGCUAUCGCUGAAGCCAUUGGUCAAGGCCGACUGCGAAAAGUGGGAAGUGGCGUCCUGUUCCGCGAUAGCCAGUCCUCUGGUGGGCCAAGCACUUGCACCAGCAACACUCUGCAAAAGAUCCCUGAUGGUGCGACAAGAUGCCGCAGCACUGCGCGAUACGGACACGCACCACCACCAGAAGCGACAGCUUCGGCGUCGUGUUGUUCUUCAAGCCGCAAAAAUCUCGAUGCUGGUGCUGUUGAGCAUGAUACUAGUGAAUCCGUCGAAGCUCCUCGUAGUUCUCUCCGCCGUUUGGACGACAGCGCCGCCAUUGCAAAGAAGACGAGACCCGAAAACGCCGAGGAAAGCCAUAACGUUGAACGCUGCGCAGAAGUUAGACGUGCAAAUGCACCAGUAGCGGACGCGGAAUACAGCCUCGAGGACGAGGUGGCGAAAAUAAAGGGGACGAGUAACGGUUCUUUCUUCGAAGAGGAAAAUUCCGGCCGAAGGGCUAUGUACCACAUUCCAAGCGAAGUGUGGCAACAGAUUGCGGCUUUUUUGCUGGACGGCAGCUUCAAAGAUUUGUGCAAUUUGUCCCAGGCAUGCACUGGCACGUGGCACGCGAUCUACCACAACGAUCAUUGCAACUCGGAGCUGCUUUGGGGCGCGAUUCAUCGACAGCUAUUUGAGAACGAGUGCCGAGACUUUAGCUCUACCGUGUCGUACCGAGAUCAGGUUCUGGUGCACUACUGCGUCCGCCGCCUUUUGCGACACGCGUUGGCUACCGAGGACUGGCGCGCGCUACACGACGUCGAGGUACUUCUAGACUUGAAGUUAAAUCAUGAAAGGGACUCAACAUGUAUAAAACUCUCCUGAAGGGGCGCGAAAGUAAGAGAAAGAAAAGGUACAGUUGCAGUUGGACGUGGUAUCGUGAUGACCUGAUAUUCAUAUCUAUCCUCAUGGUGAUCACGAUCUGGCUCGUCUUUAUUGUUGAUUUAUACUAGCAGCAACGAUCUUGUAUUUCAAUACAUAGCGUAAAAAAAACAUUUUGAAGACAUUACAAACGCGUCUUCAAUCAUCUCUGAAAACUCCCUCAGCUCUUACUGCGCGAAAUGCACUUGCAUGAUCGCACGCGCUCCAUCAUCUUCUGCAAACGCGCGCUAGCACAGCGACCAAGCGUCCGUAGUCUGCGUUGGUUGUGGAAUGUCGCCAAUGCUCCUGCCAGUGAGGCCGAGAAGCUCGUCUGCAUCAGUACCAUGCCGCCCUCUUCUCAGCAGAACGCACCGACCCACGCGGUCCGCGGAGGUCGUGUGGAGCAGGAGUAUGCGCAACGACGAGCAGACGCGAAAAUUUGCGAGCUGCGGCAGUACCUCGGGCAGUUCGUCUCCGCGAAAUUUUUGGAGGUGCCCCAAUUCGACGGCAAGGAAGUGCCUCCGCUCGCCGCCAAGUUCCUCUACAUUGCGGAUGCGAUCCAGGAGACGAACGGCCUCCUGCCGUCCGGGACGGUGCACAGCCUGGGUGGGUUAACCCAGCAGGUGGAGCGGUCUCUGUCGGAGAAGCAGGACGACCUUACGAAGUGGCUCUGCUACAUCCUGGUGCUGAAAGCGGUUCGAAUGACAAAGGACAAGCUGUGCUGGUUUCACAAAACCGAGCCGGAGUCGCCGGAUCGUGCCAGUGAGAGCACGACAGAUGAUGCCGACGAAAGACAAACUGCUUCAUUCGAGGAUAUUAGCACCGCGGAAGUUGUAGCCGGUCCUCCGGACGCAACUAGUAGUCGGCCACACGAAGCAAAUGUUGAUAUUCAUAAAAAUUUCGAUAGGCCGGACGGGCUGGCUGUUGAUGAGGAGCAGCUGCAGGAGGGACGAAUGAUGACUCGCAGCGACAUCAACAGCACUGAGACUGACGACGCUGUUGAGGCGUCCCCGGUGAAUGAUCCACCUCCUCGCAGCUCAAGACGAGCACGAGCAGCCGUAGUAGUGCAGGAAAAUAUUGCGGCGCCGCGGACCAACCUGGUGGUGGGAGGCAACGAAGAGCCGGCGCAACCGGUAGGUCUUGGCCCGCAACAAGAACGUCGUACCCCGAUGUUGAAUCGCCACGUCGACAAUCCUGCCGAGGCACAGUGGUCGGGCCUCAUUUUGACGUGGGACCAAGAGCGCGGCGGUGCAACGCAAAUUGAGUCAAUCAAUUAUCUAUCAAAUGCAAACAUGUCUGGGUGAUCUGGAAGGAAGCACAGGCAGAUGCUUGCCAUGCAUUGUUGGCAUCUGCAACAAGUAAAACUGGAACGCAGGACAAAUUAAAACUAUGCGGCGGCAUGUUCUCUAACUUCAUUGCUAGUCUGCAUGAGCCAGGCCAUGUCCUGGCGACGAAAAUCGCGCACCUUUUGGUGACGACGCCAUAGAUAUUGACUUUUGACUCUGCCUGUUCCAAAAUCCACUUCACAAGGCGUUCACAUCCUUCCCGCAGGCCUAGACAUAAUCUUGGUAAUGCAUACUAUCCUCGGGAAGAAAAGUGCGACGAAGAGAACAAAUUCAGUACGGUUUGGGACGACGUCGGCUACCGUGUAGAAUGCAAGUGGAAUGGUUCUCGUUAUGAAGGUAAAGAAAACAUCAUAAAAUACGACAUAGAUGCACAAACAAAGUCCCCGCACUGGUCGCAAGCGCAUCCUCAACCUGCAAGCGCGCCUUUUGUAAAUAAAAUUUUAGCCAUGAUCAGCAGGAGUCAGUGAAGAAUCAGAAUGCCAUUUUUUAAUUUUUUAUUUCAACAUCAUGCUCAUGCCGUUGUUAUUAUGAGCUCUGUCAUUAUUUAGUGAUGCAGAUGCUUGUUGAAAGUUGUCACUUUCGCACUUCCAUUUGUUCAGAAACGAACAAAAACAAGGCGAACUGAAACGCUACGUGCAGGUGCUUUGUCCGACGAGCGUGCGCGCUCGAAGACCGGGUGCAUGGUUUGGAAGACGCGUUUGUUGGAUCAUUUCGAGGAGACAAAGCGCUGCCGCCCACAGGAGGAAUUCGUUGGUGUGUUUGGCGACCGUAGCAACAUCAACAAAUUCGGAGUUGCCUUUGUGAGCCGAUAG